AUGCGCAGAGUGGUCGUGACCGGGUUGGGAGCGGUCACGCCCCUAGGAGUCGGAAUCCGUCGGACCUGGAAAAGGCUGCUCAAUGGCGACUGCGGCAUCGUGUCGACCAGACACCUCGGCCCCGAGUUCGUCGCUCUACCGAGCCAAGUUGCUGGUCUUGUUCCAGUUCCAGUUGGAGCCACGACUUCACAGAACGCUGCAGACGAAAAGGGCGUAUGGAGGGCGCAAGACCAUGUCUCGUCUACGGAGCUGAGACAAACCGCCCGAUUCGCACAAUACGGUCUCGCAGCAGCGGCCGAGGCGCUGGACGAUGCUGGAUUCGAUGAUGGCAAAGGACUAGAUCCGGAAAUGACUGGCGUCUGUCUAGGCUCGGGCAUCGGUAAUCUUGAAGAGCUCUAUACCACUUCAGUGGCAUAUCAUCAAGCCAAAAAUUACCACAAGAUCCAUCCGCUCUUCGUGCCGCGUCUCCUGAUCAACCUCGGAGCCGGACAUAUAUCCAUGAGAUACGGACUAAGGGGUCCCAACCAUGCCGUCACCACGGCCUGCACUACAGGCGCACAUUCAUUAGGCGACGCAUCGCGAUUCAUCCAGUCCGGCGAAGCGGACAUCAUGAUCGCAGGAGGUGCCGAGUCCUGUAUCCAUCCGCUGGCCAUAGGCGGGUUCGCCCGAUCUCGCAGCCUCGCCACCCAAUUCAACGACGAGCCACACUUGGCGUCGCGGCCAUUUGACCGGGACAGAGCCGGGUUCGUCAUCAGUGAAGGCGCAGCGUGCGUUGUAUUGGAGGAACUCGAGCACGCAAAAGAAAGAGGCGCCAGAAUUUACGCCGAGCUGUUGGGAUACGGCAAUUCAGCCGAUGCAUACCAUCUGACUGCGCCGCGAGAAGACGGCAGCGGAGCGUUUUUGGCUAUGAAGAAAGCCCUGAAGCUCGCCCAGAUCCCACCGUCGAGCGUCGACUAUAUCAACGCCCAUGCCACCUCCACCGCGCUGGGAGAUGCGGCCGAGAACCAGGCCAUCAAAGCCCUCAUGUUGGGGCCCCAUGGCAGGAAACAGACUUCGCAUGUCAACGUCAGCAGCACCAAAGGGGCGUUGGGUCAUCUGCUCGGGGCGGCGGGGGCCAUAGAGGCCAUUUUCAGUAUCUUGGCGAUACAUGAGAAUGUGCUGCCGCCGACCCUCAACCUCCGCUCCGUCACCGACGAGUUUGAUUGCAACUAUGUUGCAAACACGGCACAGCAGGCACAUGUGCAUGUCGCCAUCUCCAACAGCUUCGGUUUCGGAGGUACCAAUGCAAGUCUCUGCUUCAGGAAGUGCGAGUAG